GGUAAAUUUCAUUGGUGGCUGCUGUGUACCCAGCUUUUUGUUGCUGGUGAUCACUUAGUGGGAGCAUCACAUUCCCUUAUCUCCACAGUAUGGUUUGGAAACUGGAUGUCUCCUGUACUCCUUUCUUCAUCAUAUUCUCUUGAAGAAGAUGAUGUAAGCCACAUCCCAGCCUUAAAGGGCAGACGGGGCUGAGGGGGGAGUUGGGGGGAACCAGAAGGAAAGCUAUGCCGGGAUCUUUGAGGCGGCAGCCUGCAACCAGGGGUCUUGCAUCACAGUUCACCCAUCACCAUGUGGUCGUGUUCCUGCUCACUUUCUUCAGCUACUCUCUGCUCCAUGCCUCCAGGAAGACGUUCAGCAAUGUCAAGGUCAGCAUCUCCAGUCAGUGGACGCCCUCCUGCCUUAAUGACACUGCCCUCCAACUUCAGCCCUAUGAUCUGUGGAACAGCAGCCAUUUGUUUCCCGACACUGGAGAAGCCACACUCUUCCUUGGGACGCUGGACACCAUCUUCCUAUUCUCGUAUGCGGUGGGGCUCUUUGUCAGCGGGAUCGUUGGGGAUCGUCUGAAUAUGCGAUGGGUCCUGUCGUUCGGCAUGUGUUCCUCUGCGUUAGUUGUGUUUGUCUUUGGGACUGUCUCGGAAUGGCUGCAUUUCUACAACAAAUGGUUUUACUGCUGCCUGUGGAUCGUGAACGGCUUGCUGCAGUCUACUGGCUGGCCUUGUGUCGUGGCUGUCAUGGGAAACUGGUUUGGCAAAGCUGGGAGGGGGUUUGUGUUUGGCCUCUGGAGCGCCUGUGCAUCAGUCGGGAACAUCCUGGGAGCAUUCCUCGCAUCCUCGGUUCUGCAGUACGGCUAUGAGUAUGCUUUCUUGGUGACAGCAUCGGUACAGUUUGCUGGCGGAGUCAUUGUCUUCUUUGGUCUUGUGACUUCUCCCAAAGAAGUAGGCCUCCCCGAAGGUGACGAAGAGGGUGAUGGUGGCGGGGCUGCCGAAGAAGAUGCCAACGAGCCUUUAAUGGCCGGGAGCGACAAUGAUGAAGACGAUCAGAAUUACACCAUUCAGGCUGCUGGCCUAAGCAGGGGGGCCCAACCCAGGGCCAUUGGGUUUGUCCAGGCUUGUUGCUUGCCUGGUGUGAUCCUGUAUUCCAUAGCCUACGCCUGCUUGAAACUGGUGAACUAUUCCUUCUUCUUCUGGCUGCCCUUCUACCUCAGCAGCAACUUUGGGUGGAAGGAGGCAGAAGCUGACCAGCUCUCCAUUUGGUACGACGUUGGAGGGAUUAUAGGUGGCACCAUCCUAGGCUUGAUCUCUGAUGUGCUUCAGAAGAGAGCGCCAGUGCUGGCCAUCAGUCUCAUCUUGGCAAUUGGGUCUCUCUUUGGGUACAGCCGAUCACCAAACAGCAAAGUCAUCAAUGCAGUUAUCAUGGCUGUUACAGGCUUUUUCAUUGGGGGUCCUUCUAACAUGAUCAGUUCAGCCAUUUCCGCUGAUCUGGGACGUCAAGAAAUGGUGAAGGGAAGCAGUGAAGCUUUGGCGACGGUGACAGGGAUCGUGGAUGGCACUGGCAGCAUCGGAGCAGCCGUGGGUCAGUACCUCGUGUCCUUGAUCCAAGAGAACUUGGGAUGGAUGUGGGUUUUCUAUUUCUUCAUUUUAAUGACAAGUUUGACACUCUUAUUCAUCGCACCAUUGAUCGUGAGGGAAAUAAGUGCGCUCCUGAGAGAGACAUCCACGCGCAGGUUGACUGGCUGACUGCCCUAGUCACCAUUGAACGAAGGCCAGUGAAGAGAGCGUGUUUAUCGGAAUUUCCACGUGUAUCUUUUAUUUUUAACCAGAGUUGGAUGAAAAUUGCUCUGAAAGGAUUUGCUGCUGCAGGACAGUUGUUGUCACCUGAAUGGUUUUAAACCCGUCUGAAGACGUACGGUGGUCGUCUGUGGAGGUUGAUUCUUGAAGAGCUUGUUGAACAGGCCAGAGAGGAUUGUUUUCAUUUUAACUGUACCUCACGUUUUCCGAGCCGGCUUGUGCAAUCAUCAGAAUCAAAUGGUAAAGAUUUCAUUCCUGGAAUGGAAUGCUUCAGGCUGCCGGUGGCUGAGAACAUACGUUGCGAAUGUGUCCUUACAAAACAAAUUUCCUUGCCCCCAGGAAAGUGGUGCGGCCUGGAGAGGAGUUCAGAUUUGCCAUCUUCCUGUUUGGGACAUCUGUUUGAAGGAAGCUUUUAUUGAUAGUUGGGAAGCGUCCAUGUGUACAACCCGCCUCAGGCAGCCACAAGUGGUACAAUCCAGGAAGUUUCUUUAACCACUAAUUUCUGUGUGAAUUGACCCUCUUAAAUUCUUUGUACUGUUGUUUGUUUGCGUUUUUCUGCUGUGUCUGAACAUCUGAUAAUGGCCGAAGCCACAAAACUGACACAAAGCUCUCUUUGCUGCUUCCUUUAGCAAAUAGGCUUUUAAAAAAGGCCUCUUUGUUACUUGAGACUAAAGCAUUACUUUUCGUCAACUUUGUGCCUCUUGGUUGUUGGCUUUUGGCAAGCUGACUGAACCAGCUGCCUUCCUUGUGCUUCCUGCCAGGCCAUAUCACUACAAAGUGGACAUCAGGAAACUCUGAACCUGUGAAAGCAGCCCAGGGCCUUACUGCCCUGCCUCAAGAAGGCAGAGGCCAUAUUAUUUUGGUCUUAAACAUUUGUCCCGUUCAAAUCUCGCAAGCUGCUUCUAUUCCACAAGUCAGAUACAUUUUAUACUUGAUUGGUUCUUCCGUUGAUCUGCUUGAAGUGUGAGAAUGAGAAUGAGGCUGUGUCUUUGGAGAUGUGUGAGCUGAGUAUUUUGUAGAAAAAGUAGUCAGUUUACCAUGGUCCUUAAUUUUAAGGUGGACAUUGAUGAUAUGAUUUUAAGGUGGACAUUGAUGAUAUGAUUUUGAAUGCACUUGAGAGGCUGGUAGAAGAAAAAGGGGGUUCUGAAUUACCUAAGGAGUUAUCCAUUUCUGAACAGCAAUAAUUAUUUGUUGUCUGGGUUGGAGAUGCCCUUGAUAGCUUCAGAGGCACACUUUCUCAAUGAGGAAUUAAAGUUGCGGCCCAAUCAAGUUGAAGGGAAUAUGGCCGAAUUGUCCUUUGCAUUUUCAGGGCAGCGUGGGGGGGGGGGUUCUAAAAAGGAUGGAGAUGCCCUGAGAACUAUCAGAUUGUCUCUCCCCUCUCCUCUAGCAUUAAGCUUUCCGUGUACCCCAGUGUCAUUAUGUUAAGUGACAAGUAGCACCUUACAUACCAACAAGAUUGAGGGGGGGAUGAUACAAGCUUUCAAGAAUUGAAGCUCCCUUAGUCAGAUAUCUUGACUCUCGGAAGCUUUUAUCUCAACAUUCUUGAUGGUCUCUAAGGUGACAUUGGACUAAAAUCUAGCUGUUCUACUGCAGACGAAAAUGGCCACCCUCCUGAAAUUAUGCUGAAAUUCUCCUUAUUCCACUAAUGGCAACCAGUGCUCUGGAAUAAGGAAGUGCUUGGGGCAGUGAUGUUGGAACAAGAAGCAAGCUGACCUAGACAUUAUGGAGAACAAGAGGUGGAUUAUUUCAGCAGCACUCUUGGAUUUUUUUUUUUUUGCAUUAUGUAUUGUUUUGGUCCUUAUUAAUCAAGUCGGAAUAAUAAGUCUCUGUUGCUGCCUCACCUCUUCAGGUGAACUUAGAUCAUUUGGGGGUAUGGUUUUCUGUUCCCGAUUCACUGUUGAUCAUCUGUCUGUAAGAUCUAGAAAUACAUCAUGAGUUGGAUGCUGAGGCACUUCGUUGCUUGGCCCAUUCUCAGCCUGCUUCAGAAAACUGAUCCUUGUGCCUACAGCCUUGCUGACCUGGAUGCUUCCUUGCCAAUUUCAGUUCCAGAGUCCCAUCUUGUGGCCCGGCUUCUUCUUGCCACUGAGACUGAGAGGGGAAAGAAACACUUAAAUUACUUACAGAUUUUAGGAGGUUAAAAGGGAUUCUUCCUCUCAUUCCAAAAAUGCCUUUUAAAACACUUAAUGUACCGUAAUACCUUUUUAUUUAUGAAUGUAAAUUUUGAAUCAUGUGGCUACAGUUGACUGUACUUAGCUGGUACUGUUUUAUGAUUUGUGUUUUGCUCUGUUUCCAUAAGAAGCUCUUGCUUCAUCUUUAGAUGUCUUUUGAAAGUCUGGACCUUUUCUCUUGCUUUUUAACGUUGGAUCCUGUUGGUGAGGGGGGUAGAGAAAGCAUUGGCUGGUUUCUCUCUUCUUCCUGUGCUCCUUCCCAUUUUGUGGCAGUAUCAGCUCUUCUGUGGCUUGUCCCAGAAAGAAACUGGUUUUCCACAUGGUUUCAUUUUAUUGCUGAAAUGCAUCUUAAAAGAACACUUAUAGCAGUGUGAUUUUCAUAAUGGGAAGCAACACACUGUAGACUGAGUUUUAGGCUUUUUGUGAGUUUUAGGGUAGACUUUGUACAAUCACUUUUUUUUCCCUGCUGUUUUGUAGCUCAGUGGAGGAAAUCUGUGCAGGACUGGGUCUUGCAAAAAGGGUCCAAUACUUGUUUAGCUCAGCUCCUCUCAACUUGUGCUAAAAGCAGGUUGUGCGGCCUACUGUUCCAGGAUGCAAGUUAGGAGUUUCAGUCUGCGGGAACGUUUCGACUGAAAUGAUUGACACUGCUUCUGAACUGUUGCCAAGUUUUCCACUAGCAAUGCAUACUGUGUCCUUCGGGUGCUUUGAAACAUACUGGAUCCUGCUCAUCUUCCGGCACUGUCCCCUUCCCACACAAGGAACCUUCCUCUGAUGCCGGAGUCUCUUCCAAGAAUGGAAGAGUCUCUUGUGUUGAUGGUAAGGCCCCUCGUGGGAAAGUGCUGACGUGAGCAGAACAAGUUCCACAGUAUCCAGCAUACCUUUUUUAAUGACUGACAACUGCCGAUAAGGCACUCCCUGUCCCCUUUUACCUGUUUUAGUAUCUUCUGCUCUGUGUAUAUGGGGAAAUACUUUGGUUCUGACGAGAUUGUUCCAAAUUAGUUUCACAUGAAUAAAUUAUUUUUGGCAAACUGA